GAGAAUGUCGUCGGAUAUGAUCUCAUUAAUGAACCCUUCACUCCAUUGGAAGAACAAUACGAGUUCGUUGACAAUGAUCCUGGUUUAUCGGAACUAAUGUCACGAUAUAUCGAAAUGAUUGAAUCCAUCCGUAAAGUCGACAAAAUAACUCCGAUUAUCAUUGAAUCGAGUUAUUGGGCGACAGUCGACGCCAUUCCCAAGUUAUCCAUAGAAAACCUGCUGACUAUCGACACAAACAUUUUGGUUUCCUUUCAUUUCUAUGAACCCAUGCUUUUGACUCAAAGACAACAAAAUAAAAAUCGUUUCGGAUUUCCCUCACAAAUACCUGAUUAUGAAUCCUCCAAAUAUCCGCAAAUGAUUGAAAUCAAUGAUAACUAUAUUCAGGAUAAAUUCUUGCCUACUAUUCAAUGGUCACAAAAGUUUAACGUCAGACUAGUUUUGGGUGAGUUUGGUAUCAGUCGUGAAGUAUUGGGGGCUGACCUAGAUGAGGACUGGGAUUCAAUGGACUAUGAAUUGGGCGAUAAUAUCUCAACCGGGAAAAGCUUUAUCUAC